CAAGAGACGCUGACGUCCUGCUGGUGGAAGAGGAGACUUGAAGGUGCUGCUGGUUAGAGGUGCUUAGGAGUGGGCAGCCUCCAUCCCGGUGGCCGAGCAUCUCCACGGCAGGGAGGCCGCGGGCAGCACGAGCCAGCCGCCCCGCGGGCUGACAGCAGAGGCCCCCGGGGAUGAGACGUGCCCCACCUGCCUGGGCCUGCUGGCCGAGGCAGCACCUGAGUCCUGCGGGCACAGCUACCGCUGCUGAGAGCUUGAACCUCUUGCAAGUUUAGUCUUGGCAAAGAAAACCCAUCCUAAGUGCAUUUGCCUUUCAGGCAUUGGUAAGUUGGCCCUCCUGAUGUAUUUUCACUGCCCCAGUAGUGCCUCUAAUAAUGCUACUGUUAAUUAGUGCUCUACCCUUCCGAUCUUUUACUAAGGUAGCUAGAGAGAAGUGCAGAUACCUAUUUAUUUCCUGGUAAUACCUGUAAGAACCAUCUAUCUACAUCUUCGCCAGAUUCAUCAUAGCGCUCUUGGUACUGGUGAUCUGUGUUGAUCUGGAAUAAAGUGCAAUCGGUAGCACGCCAAGUGUCCAUGCCCUUGCAUCUAACAGAAUCGUACAAAUCCCUGUUGUGAUCUCUCUCUAGCUGUGGGCUGGCUAAGCUGUCCUUUGGAUGGUGAAACUGGGAAAUCAUGGGGAUGGGAAAUGACGAGUGGGAUGAGAAAUGAUUGCUGGGAUGGGAAGACUUCCUUGGGCUGGAAAUCCAUGGGGCUAGGAAAUGAAAGAGAUGGGAAAUCUUCCUUGGGAUGGGAAAGCUUCCGUGGGAAGGAAAAGCAUUGGGAUGAGAUACCUUCCUUGGGGAGGACGUCAUCCUUAAGGAAAGGCAUUGGGAUGGGAAAUUUUCCUUGGGGAGGAAAUCACUGGAAAGGAAAAGCAUCGGGGUAGGGAAAUCUCUCUUGGGAUGGGAAAUUAUUGGGAUGGGAAAUCUUGAAUGGGGUGGGUAAGAUUCAUUGGGGUAGGAAAUACUUGGAAAAGAAAUCCAAGGGAUGGGAAGUCUUUGGGAUGAGAUCUCAUUGGAUUAAGAAACGCUUCGUGCUGAUGGGAACUAUUUUGCAUGGGAAUCUGUUGGGCCGUGAAAUUGUCGGGAUGGGAAAUCACCGGGAGGAUGAAAAGUCUUGGGAUGGAAAAGUCUUGGGAUGGAAAAGUCUUGGGAUGGAAAAUCCUUGGGAGGGGAAAGUGUUGGAGCGCGAAACCCUCCUGGGCCUGGCAAAUGAUGACUGGGACGGGAAAGGCUCACGGGGAUGGAAAAUGAUUGCGCUGGGAAGCCCGCUGGGGUAGAGAAACUGCAAUCAUCACCAAGAUGGCGGCGAGGGGCUGGUCAGCCGUUGGGAUGGAACCCCCGUUGGCCGGGCUCCCCAACGAACCGCCCCACUCUCCAGCGACCAUGGCAGGUAGAGCAGCGGGCUCCCGCUCCUCCCGGGGCUGCGGCCCUGCCGGCGAGCCCAGCGCCCGAGAGCUCAGCCCAGCGCCCUUUUUCCUCACAGAGAGAUUCCCCAGACGGCUGCCGCCGGUGCCGCAGAUGCCCAACUCCCCCUUCGUUGUCCCGGCUGAGCCGCCAACGGUGGCUGCCUGGCUGCUGCCCUCCUUCCCCGGAGCGAUGGCGGUGCCCUUGCAGCCCCCCCAGGUACCCACCCUCCCCUACGCGCUGCCCCAGGCCACCGUCUGGCACGUGGUGCCGGGGGUCCAGGGGCAGGUGCUGCAGCUCCCAGCCGUGGUGCAGCUGCCGCCUGGGGGGCACCUCCCACCCGAGGGGCACCACCUGCAGCUGGUGCAGCUCCCCACCGUGGGGCAUAACCUGCAGCUGGUGCAGCUCCCCGCCGUGGGGCAUAACCUGCAGGUGGUGCAGCUCCCCCACACCGCUCCUCCCUGUGCCCCUGUCUGCCAGUGGGGACAGCCCAUGGUGACGGGGACACUGGUGCCCCACCAUGCGCUGGGGCUGGGGCCCAGGGCCGUGCUCCACGGGGAGCCCCUGCACCCCGCAGGCACCUGCCUGUUGCAGGCCCCCGCCCACCGCAGCCCCCCGCCACCCCUCGUCCCGGGGCCUCGGCUCCGGGGGCAGGCGCUCCCCACGCCCCGCACCGUGACCAGCAGCCAGGGGCAGCUGCCGGAGCCCUGCGACCACGCCGUGGGGCUCAGCAAGGACCAGGGGCCCCCGCUGCCUCACCCCACUCCCCCCGAGCCUUUCCUGGCCCCAUCGACCUGCAGCACCCAGACGGCGACGCCCCAUGCGGCGACAGCCCCGGAGGUGCCUGAGGAGCCCCCGCAGCUGCCCGAGCUGGGCCCUGAUGCCUUCGCCGAGGCCUUUCCAGAGCUGGCAGGGGACAGCCAGCAGCUGCAGCACGUGCACGACCAGCUCCUGGCCGACCUGGACAUCCCCGGCAUGGAGGAGCUGCUCAGCUGGCUCGAGGCCGUGGAGCCCCAGGACGCCUUCCCCGGUGUCCCCAGCAGUCCUGCCCUCAGCCGCUUCCUCUCCCAGCUGCCCGACCCCUCCGAGGACAUCGAGGAGCCGAGCACGCAGGGACUGGAAGCCACAGGAGCCCUCGGUGAGGUACCCUCAGCCCCUGGGGUGUACCCCGAGAAGGUUGGGGGUGGGCUGUCGGUGCAGUCCCCUGUUGUGCCGGCAGUGAGCCCCCCCCUCAGCUCUGCAGCCAGUCCCCUGCCCAGUGCCCGUCGUAGACCCCUACCCAAUCCACCCCUGAGUCCCCCCAAGAGGUCCCCUGACACCCAAGUCCUCAGUUCCCUUAGUAGACCCCUGCCCAAACCCCCCCAGAGUUCCCUCAAGAGCCACCCCAACUCCAAGGUCCUCAGUGACCAGAGGAGACCCCUGCCCAAAUGCCCCCUGGGUCCCCUCAAGAGCCCCCUGGCUGCCCCUGCGUCCACCGGCACCAAGCGGGGGGCCAAGCGCCCCGCGCCCACCAGCACCCCCGGGACAGCGGAGAGCUCCCAGCACAAGAGGCCAACAACAGAGAAACCCCCCGGCAAGGAGAGGAAGAUGCUGCUGGGCCAGGGUGUCGAAGGCCCCAAGACGCCUUGCCAGGGACGCCGUGCCAGGGACGCCGGGAUGUCCAAGGCCCCAGGACGCCGUGGCAGCAGCAGGCAAGAGGGCAGCGGCACGCAGCAGCCAGCGACCAACAACUCCCGGGCGCGCAGCAAGAGAGCCCGAAGCCCGGGGGCUGCUGGGGGGCAAGGAGCAGCGUCGCCGCCUCCCCGCAGAGCACGGCUGCUGCCGGAGACUCCGAGCGGGGAGCCCCGUGCCGUGCGGCCCCAGGACAGGCUCUGUCCCCAAGCCGUCAGGGCCAAGACGCUGCAGCGCCAGCACCUGGGGACAAAGACCCCCAGCGAGACUUUGCAGCCGCUGGGGGCCAGGGCGAAGGCGCUGGGGCCAGUGCGCCAGCUGCCCUGUGCGCAGCCGCAGCCCACCUCCGGCGGCCCCAGCAGCAUGCCCAGGGCCCCGCCGACAGUGCCAGGCUCCAGCGCUGCGCCCGCUGCCCCCCGGUCCCCAGCUGGCGGCAAAGAAAAGGUGGUGCCGGCACCGCCAGGCAGCACGGCGUCAACAGGGGACGCUGCCCUAGAGCAGGCGCCCAGAGCGCCGUGCCUGCCAGCCGCGGGGGGCCAAGCGCAGCGGGGGGCUCUGCCCGCACAGCCACGCACGCUGCAGCCCCCGGCACGGCCCCGCGUGGACUACGUGCCCUGCGUGGGGCCCUGGGCGGGCAGCCACGCGGCGCCCACGCCGCUGGCGGAGCAGGAGGCGUCGGUGCCCAUCACGCCGCAGCAGCGUCCUGAGCGGGAGCGCCUGAAGAAGCUGGCCCAGGAGGAGCGGCAGCGGGCGGCCCAGCAGAUGAAGAUCGGCCCUGCGCAAUUCUUCGCGCAGCGGCAGAAAGACAGGGCCAUAGCCAAGUAUUACGGCUACCCGUGAGCCUGCGCUCCUCGACGGCCCCUGCAGCACCCAGUGGUGCUGAGCUCAGCACGCAGGCACAGAGACCUCUGCAGGCGCCUGCUCCAGCUUCAGCCGCGCUCUUCAGCCCUUUCCCCUCUCGCUUGCCCUUACCCUUCUUUAGUGCUGUAGCUAGGCAGUGUUUCUCACUGUCAGGGAUGGGCAACGGCGGGGGGGAUGGGAAAUGGGGGGGGUCACGAAUGAGUGUUGGGAGUGUUGCGAUGGAAGCUGUUGGGCUGGGCAAUACCUGGGAUGGGCAAGUUUGGGCAUGGGAACUGCUUGUUGGGACACAAAAUGGCAGGGAUUGAAAACUUAUUUCUUCUUUUCUGGUCCUUUCUCUGCUUUAUUGCCUUCUUUCUUAAAUUACUCUAGUGUAGGUGUUCACUCAGCAACGCCUCUGCCUGCAGUUGUUCUGGCAGUGGGAUGCCGAGUGGGAUGCAGCCCGCUCCCGCUGCCCAUGCUCAGUCCGUGAAUGGAUGUGGGCAUGGCCAGCACGGACGGGAGAAAAUGGGUGGAUGGGUGGAUGGAUGGAUGGAUGGAUGGAUGGAUGGAUGGAUGGAUGGAUGGAUGGGAGUUGGGAACUGAGCCUUGGGAUCAGCAAUGGGAGGUUGCUGGGAUAGGAAAUGAUCAGGGGGAUGGGAAGUCAUGACGGUGAUGGGAAUUCAUUAGUGUGAAAUGAUGGGAUGGGAAAUUGCUAGGACGGGUGAUCACGGUGGUGAUAGGAGAUCAUUAGGCUGGGAAAAAUUGUUUACAUUAAUAAAUUUUAUUGAUUGUCUUUUUAAU